UUCCUGUUGAAAAAGAAAAAAAACUCUGUUUGUGAGUCUGAAGCGAAGCGGUGGAAGGUAGGGGAGGGGAUCGAUCUGAUCUUGCGAGGAAGCCCUAGGUUCGCCAGAUUCCUUCCUCCAAUAUUUGCAAGGUAUUAUAAGUCGCCAGAAAUUGAUUUCCCCUUCUUCUUCUCCUUCUUCCCAACUGAGCCUUCGUAGACAUACACACCCCGAGGAUCCGAAGAAAUCGAGAGCAGCCAUGGCCGCCGCGAUUCGACAUGCGGCGAGGAGGGUCAGUGUCCAGCGGGCUGUUGAGCCUCCAAGGCUUGUCAACACCGGCCCCGUCAACCCCAAGCCGCAUGGGCUCACGGCCGACCAGAAGAAGGAUGCCGCGAUUCGCAUGGCUCUGAUCGACAAUAAGACAGAGGAGCUCUACAGUCUGGUUGCUGGGUUCAACGCAAAGUACACUGUUAAGGGCAGCGUAGGCCAAAAGUACACCAACCUGAUGAAUCAACUCUCUGUACAGAUCCAACCUAGGCACGAUGACCCUGGCUGGCGCUCGUGCCGGCGAUCAGCCAUCGUUCAUGAUCGCUUCAAAACCGUGGGAGGGCUUUUCAUUGGCUAUGUGCUUGGAGAUGCCUUGUUUCACUGGUACCAUGACAGAGAUCUGUAAGAUGGCCAAGCUCUCAAGAAGCAUAGCGUCUUGCAUCACAAGAAUUCCUAAGUGUUUUUGGUGUAACAUGCUUUGCUUGACAGUCUAGACAGGUUAAUCAAGUGUCUACUGUUGAUACACCUUCCAAGGUGUAUUCUCGAAAAAAUCAAGUGCCUACUGAUCGCUCCAUGUUUUUUUUCUUCCCUCUUUGUCUCGUUGCGUUGCUACUCGUUGUGAUCAAACUAUAUGUAUUUAUAUGUUGCAGACUUGUCUUGAUGCUGCAAGAUCUAUUCAUUCUAGGUGUUGUUUAUUACAAUGUCUUGUAGAACAGCAGGUGGUUUGUUUAUUAUUCGUCACCCCUUUCGAAAA